GCUCCUUAAGGGAGGUCACUCCCAUAACCAGUCACAAUUACAAUUUUGGAAAAUGAAAAUGAAAGAGCUGGAAAUUCCGGAUUUUGAUUUCAUACAGAAGGUUUAGGUCUGAAUUUUUCGGCAAAAAGAAAAUUGCAGUCAAGUUGCUAACUUUAUUUAGAAAUCCUGUUUUGAGUCCAGCGUCUAUCAGAAUUCACUUACUACCUAUCAGAAUAAUGUCUGAGAGUGAGAGAGGCGCACCAGGUAAUCCAGAUUUUAAGAGACCCAAUGAUCCGGAAGCUUCACCAGCUGGCAACGAUGCUCCCAGGGGCAGGGGAGGUUUUCCUAGAGGAAAGUCUUAUGGGAGUUAUAGAGGCAGAGGCAGAGGGGAUCAAGGGAAUGCCCCUGUGAUGUCUAUGGCAAGAGGGAGAGGUAACCAUUACAAUGAUCCAGGUAUGUCACCAGGGAACAAUUCUUCAAACAGAGGGUAUGAUGGAAACCAAGGUGGUCCUUACAGUAACCAAAGUAACUGUAAUGAUAAUAAUUUUCGUACACCAUCUCCUGCAAACAGGAAGAGAUCACAUUCUAAAGAAGGACACAGAAGUAGUUCAAACAGUAGAGAUGAUAACAGAAAUCAAGGCAGAGAUGGUUCACGAGAAAGGAGUAGAAGUGGAAGUAGACCAUAUGAAAAAAAUGGCAAAGGAUACAGAGACAGAUCUCGGUCAAAGGAGAAAGGUAACAGCAACUCAUGGAAUAGAUCACCUCAGAAUAACUGGAGUCCUAACAAUAAUAGACAGAACUAUUCAUCUCCAAAUCCUAGAUAUGAAAGCGGUUACUCCCCGCAGCAAGGACAAUCAGGUUAUGGUCACUCACAGUGGACACAGUAUGAUAAUUACUCACCACAAGGGGGACAGUAUAACUAUGAUUACUCGCCACAAGGGGGACAGUACAGGAGGGGUUCAAACAAAUACUCUCCAGAAAAACGUGGUCGAGGAAGGCAUGGUGGUCAAUAUAGUAGUACAGACUUCAGCAGUGAUGGGCAAACACCAGAUAGAAAUCGCCGUAGAUGGGAGGAAGAUCCAGAUGUGUUCUUGUCUAAAACCUUAUCAUCCAUCCUGCGACACAAUGCUGAAAGGUUUGGAUUCAAGUUAAUGAAAGGAGGUUUUCUGUAUGUAGAUGACAUAUUACAGUAUGUUCAUAAGUUACAUGGCUACACAGCAGAAGAUGUAAAGAGAAUAGUGGACAGCAAUGACAAGAAAAGAUUUGCACUGGAGUCUGAGGAAGGUCGACUCAAGAUAAGGGCAAACCAGGGACAUAGUAUAGAGGUUGAGGACUUGGAUCUAACACCUAUAUCAUCUGCUGAUGAGGUUCCCGUGGUUAUACAUGGAACAUACUAUACAUCAUGGGAGCUUAUUAAAAAAACUGGUUUACGCAGAAUGAAUCGUAAUCAUAUACAUUUUGCUGCAGGAGAACCAGGAGAGAAUGGUGUCAUUAGCGGUAUGAGAAAAACCUGUGAAGUGAUGAUACACCUUGAUAUGGCGAAAGCUCUGAAAGAUGGUUUGAAGUUUUUUCGUUCUGCUAACAAUGUGAUCCUGUGUAGCGGCGAUGAGAACGGAUUUAUCUACCCUUGUUACUUCUCUGGAGUACUCGACAGAUUAAAUCGAUGUUUAAUGCACUUUGAUCACACGAUAAGUGCAUCCACAGCUGAAGAGAAACCUUCAGAAAGCAAAAAGAGAAAGAAGAAAAAUAAGGGAAAAAACAAACAAGAGGAAGCAACAGAACCUAAAGAGGAGAUGCCAAAGGAGCCGGAAACUAAGGAAUGUGAAGAUGGUGCCACAACUGAUGACACCUCUUUGCCAGCAGCGAAAAAACAACACGUGUUACAGCCGGAAACACCAGAUAACCAUAGUGCUGACAAUUCAAUGACAGGGAAUGUUGAAACAAACAGAAAUGAGAAUCGUGAAUUUGACAGUGAUGAAGUGAUGUCAAAGGGAUGGCAAGACCCAAGGCUAGUUAUUGAUGCUGCAGAAUCUAAAACUUUGGUGGAAAGUUUAUGUAGUAAUCCACCAUCACACAUUGCUGUCUGUUGUGUUGGGCAAAAUCUGGGUCAAGAAGAUAGUCGGAUUAGUGCAAUUGUCGUUACUUCGCACCCAAAUUCUUAUGUAUACCACCUAUAUGAUGAGAACAGACAUUUGAUAAAAGACGGACAUUUGGAGCAACUGCUCAUUAAUAAGGAAAUAAACAAAGUGUUCCACGAUAUUGGGGCUGUGUCCACUAGUUUGAUACGGGAGUUUGAUGUUCUUAUGGAUGGAACACCAAUUUGGGACAUCUUGAUGUUGUUCACCAAAUUGUCACCACUUCCAAGUAUGGAUUUAGAAGUACUAAAGUUUGACAAAGGAAUGUUUAAGAAAUGGACAAAACUGAAUGAAGAUUAUGGCCAGAAAAUGUCCAGUGAGGACAGUUUUGAUGCUGAUAUCGUCGGUGACUUAGUUGGGAGGGGAAAACUAAUGUGGGAUUUAUAUAGGGUCUGUUCUAAAAAGUUACAAUUAAACGAGGGGCUUAAGAAAAAACUAAAGAAGGAGAUUUUUGAAGCAGCAGUUCCGUCCACUGAUAGUUUUUUAGCUGAAAAGAUAAAGGUUCUUAAGCUUGAAAAAAAGGGGAAGAAGCCGACUGAAAAGCCAGAAGGAGCAUCUCAACAACCAAAUCAGCAGCAGCAGCAGCAGCAGCAGCAACAGCAGCAACAACAGCAAAAACAGCAACAACAAAAACAGCAAGGGAAAAGCAAGAAAUCAGGGAAAGGAAAGAAGAAGUAGGAACCAUUCUAAAUGGCUUCUGUUUGAUAUAUAAACUGUGGAGAAGACUUUUUAUUCUUGAAUUAAAGAGAAAAUUGUUUUUCUAAAAUCCAAGUUAUAGAAAAACACAAAUUAUAUAUUAUUAGUAAUUUUGAGUUCAAUGAUACUUAUAUUUUACCUUAUAUACAUUGUUUAUAAGUGAUAGAUUAGCAGUAUUCUGCAUAUAUGUCUUGAUGAAUUUACUUAUAUUAGUUUACCUGAUUAUCAUACAGCAAUUUUAUCCCCAAAUCAGUUUUUGUUUUUUCAUGUUCUUCACUAAAGAGGAUUUUUCCUGUCUUGUACAUAUUUUCCAAAAUGAGUAUCUUUCAGAUCAUGUUUAUCGUUUUGUUAAGACUAUGACUUACUUUAUUUAAUCAUAAUGAAUUAGCUGUUUGCACACAGUUCCUCUGGUUUUAUUUAAUUUCAGAAGUAUAGAGUGAAUUGUCUAAAAGAAGUUUUAAUUGUCAAUCUGUGAUAUUGUUAAGGUUUAAUGUUUUCUAUAUCAGUUGAUUAAAAAAAAUGGGGUAUUUUGGGGGAAUUUUUGAACUGAUAUUAAAUUUUUAAUCAAGUUUUAGAUUUUACUUUUACACUAAUUUUCUUGACUGUGUCAGUUUGCUUUUAAUCAAUAGUAUAUUGAUAUUGUGUUUACUGAUGUAGUAAAUAUUUUUCACUGUUAAUAUUCAUACUUGUUGAUGUCUAGCAAGAUAUGUUGUUAAUUUAUGAGGUAAAUUUUAGCCUAUGCUUUUCACUGUAAAUAAGCCCCAGUCACAUACAUGUAUUGAAUUGAGUUUUGAUUAUUUUAUCGCAUUUAUUGUAGAUUUAAGAUUUUUAUUUUUGCAGAGUAAAUAUUAUAUUUACAAUUUGUCUGCAAACUGGACUGCUUUUAGCUUGCAUAAAAAAUCAUGUUUAAAUAUUUUACUCACAACUGCCAAGCAGUAUUUAUUUUGAUAAUGUUAUUUAUGUGUCAGUGUAAAUAUAUUGCUGCCCCAUUGCCAACAUCUGAAAAGGUUGAAUACACUGUUGUAAUAAUGGGCUAUCUAUCUGCCGUUGACGUCAAACCCCUUGUAUGA